AUGGCCACGGCACUCGUACCAUCAACACCAGCGACGCGUUCGCCAACGUCCUUCGCCGACCUAUCAGAAGACGUGCUUCUGCACCUGCUAUCCCGUCCAUCCUCCAACCCGAACCGCGAGCUUUCCCCAGAAGACCUCGCGCGGCUCGAGGCGGUCUGCUACGCCCUCCGCCGCCCGCUCCUGCUCCCCCCGAACCGCCGCCACUCCGUCGUCGAAACCGCCGCGCGCGCACGAUGCUUGCGCCACCCGCUGCUGGCGCGCGUGCCCGCGGACCUCCUGCGCGGAAUGGCGGCGCAGCGGUGUGGCGGAAGCUGGCUGCGUGUGCUACGCUUCGCAUGGGCGGUGGAGGACGCCUGGGGGUUGCGGCGGGAAGCGGAGGAAGAGGCGCUGCGAGGGGAAACCCGCGCGCCGAGCGCCGGCGCGCGGAACUCUGGCGAGCUGGCAUCAGCAGUUUACGCGGGCGAUUACUGUUCAUUCCAGAUAAAGACAAGCGGCGAACUGUGGGUUUAUGGUUCAGGCUCGCGCGACGGUUCCCCGCUGUUCACCCUUCCGCCAGCCUCAAAUCAACCUCCCCCAGAUCAGCCCGCCCUAAUAGCCGCCCCGGAUCACCCUGCCCCAGAUCAACCUGCCCCAAAUGAACCUGCCCUGGCGAGAGACGGGAACCCGGCGGCAGGCCAAGGGUGGGCGGCUGCCGCCCUUGCUGCCGGCCUGGCGGCGGUUCGACUUGGAACUGGCGGCGCUGCCGUUCCAGCAGGCUCGGCAGCAACUGGUUCGGCGGUAGCAGGCGCGGAGAGGCCCGGCGCUCACGCGCAGCAGCAGGUGCAGCAGCGGCGGGAAGGGGCGCGCGGCCGGAGGGGAGCUCUGAGGACGCAAAUCGUGGUGGGGGGAAGCGCGGACGCGGAGGGGAAUGGGGGAAAUGGGAGAAACCAGAGGGGAAACGGGGUGAUAGGGGAGAACAGGGAGGAAGCAGAAGGGGGAUUCGGGGAGAGAGUGGCGCAAGUGGCUGGAGGGAGGGCCUUCACUGUGAUACUAACGAGGUCUGGAAGCGUUUACACUAUGGGUCAGGACACUAACGGGUGCUGUGGCCACGGGCAAGACGGGGUGGGGAAGAAAUUUCCCCAGCCGAAAUUAGUGGAGGCUUUAAGAGGCGUGCCAUGUCAGCAGGUCGCGACAGGGAGGAGCCAUGUUCUCGUGCUGGCUAGGGAUGGGACUGUGUAUGCGUUCGGAGCGGGUGGCAAUGGCCGGCUGGGUCUGGGAGAUACGGACGACAGAUGCCGGCCGACGGUCGUGGAGGGACUGCGGCCGGAGGUGCUGGCGGCCAUGCUGAGCGGCAAUGGUGGUCAAAUGGAUGGCAACAACGGUACGGGCGGCAGCAGUGGCGAUACGGGCGGCAACAACAACGAAACGGGCGGCAGCAGCAGCAGCAGCAGCAUCAGCAGCAGCAGCAGCAGUGACCCGUACGGGCAGUACCGAAUAGUGAGUGUAGCAGCAGGCGCGAGCCACUCCCUGGCCGUCACUGCUGCCGGUGUGGUGCUGGCGUUUGGCCGCGGGCACAGCGGCCAGCUGGGGGGCGCGCAGGGCUGGGGGAGCUGGGCGGGGGGCGCGCAGGGGUGGGGGACCUGGGCGGGGGGCGCGCAGGGGUUGGGGAAUGAGAGGGAGGAAGGGAUGAGGGGAGGAGGGGCGCGGGUGGGGCAAGUGCAGGGCCGAGCGGGGGGUGUUUCUAGAGUGCAUGUGGGCAGGCGUGCUGGAGGCUCUGCUGCUACAGCUGGCAACACUACAGCCAGUGCCACAGCCGCAUGGCUGAUGGGGGCGGGCGUGCGUGUGAUAAAGGUAGCGGCUUCAGUUGAUUACUCCGCUGCUCUCGACUGCCUGGGACGGGUGCACAUGUGGGGUUCGGGCUACUGUGGGUGCCUGGGCAACGGCAGCGAGGCCAAUGCGGUGCUGCCACGUGUCGUGGAGGGACUGCUGCACACGCGGAUAGUGCAGGUGACUCUGGGCAAGCGCAAGACGCUAGCUCUGGACGACCAAGGGCGGGUGCUGGCGUUUGGGUGGACAGCGUUUGGAGGGCUGGGUGUGGCGGCAGGGCGGGACAAAGUGUUUGCUCCCAUGCCGGUCGAGGCUCUGGAGGGGAAGCGAGUGGUGCAGAUCAGCACGGGGGCUUACCACACCGUCGCCUUGUGUCAUAACGGCACCUGCAUUGGCUUUGGGGACAACGAGCAGGGACAGCUGGAGCUGCACUGA